CAUAAAAGAUACUUUUUCUUUCAAAUCAAUUCCUGAGCAUGACCGUGUAGUGGCCUUGCGUGGUUCAGUUAUCGAUCAUAAUUACGGUGGUGGAUAUUCCCCUGCAGUGCUCCUUCUAAUGGACCGCAUGCAACGCGAUUUACACGCUGCCAUUAAAGGGAACCUAGACUUCCCAAGCCGGCUCCAGGUGGCUUGUGAUGUCGUAGAAGGCUUACGUUACCUACACAGCCUAGGCUUAGUACAUAGAGAUGUCAAACUGAAGAACGUUUUGCUUGAUAAGCAUAAUCGUGGAAAGAUAACUGACCUUGGAUUUUGCAAGCCGGAAGCCAUGAUGAGUGGGAGCAUCGUGGGAACUCCCAUCCACAUGGCGCCUGAGCUUUUUUCAGGAAAGUACGACAACAGCGUUGAUGUAUACGCAUUUGGCAUCCUACUUUGGUACGUGUGUGCUGGACACGUCAAGCUGCCUAUUGCCUUUGAGCAGUGUCAUAACAAAGACCACCUGUGGAGUUCGGUAAAGAAAG